UGACGGAGGAAUUUAUUGUAAAAGUUGACGGUACGGUUCAAGUUUGGUAAGACGGCGGAGUAGUCACUUAGAAUGACGAAUCAAAAUUUCGAUCGUGUGGUUACGGACGAAGAUGGAAUCACCUGUUCUACUUUUGUCCAGACUGCAGGGUUGCGAUAACUCGAUAUCGAGAAGGCAGUGGGUGAAUCGGCAGCCGAGGAGCGAAGAAAGAACGAGAAAUCAUUCCUGUAUGGUUGGUUGUUCAUCUUGUGCGUGCGUCAGGGCUAGAGACCCCAAUCCUAGUGAAGAAUAGUCUUUGUCUUAACGUGAAGCAGGUAAAUCGAAAUACAAUAGUGCACGUUGUCGAUCGAGGAAAGAAAUCAACGCGGCGAACGAGGGAAAGGGCUGGAAGAGGGAAGAGCGAAGAGAGGGUGGUGCGGAAGGACGUCGUAGAGAGGAGAGGAGAGGAGACGUGUUGCGCGUGAAGCGUAGGGCUUAUCAGUGCUAGUGGACGAGGAAAACAAUCGACAGAUAUAUAAAACUGCUUCCUUGAAGUCCGAUGUCUAGUGCUGAGGUGGUGGAGAGCUCCGUUGACCCCCCAGCCAAGAAGCGACGCGUUGCUGCUGCGACUACGGGAGGAGCCGAGAACCCCACGGCGAUCGUAGAGAUGGCGAAAAAUGGCUCGACUUCCCGCGCACCGGCCGAAAUCGACGAGGGACUUUACUCCCGUCAGCUGUACGUCCUCGGGCACGAUGCCAUGCGCCGAAUGGCGUCUUCGGACGUUCUGAUAUCGGGCCUCGGCGGCCUGGGUGUAGAAAUUGCGAAGAACGUUAUCCUCGGCGGCGUAAAGUCCGUGACCUUGCACGACGACACCGUCUGUCAAAUAACCGACCUCGGCUCUCAGUUUUACCUGACCGAGUCUGACGUUGGAAAGAAUCGCGCCGAGGCUUGCAGCUACCAUUUAUCCGAGCUGAAUAAUUACGUCCCGACUCGUCACUAUGCCGGCCCCUUGUCCAAGAAAUAUAUUAAAAAUUUCAAGGUCAUUGUCCUCACAAACACAUCACUUUCCGAGCAACUACGCAUAUCUGAAAUAACCCACGCCAAUAAUAUCGCUCUGAUCAUCGCCGAGACUCGUGGUCUGUUCUCCCAAGUCUUCUGCGACUUUGGCCCUUCUUUCACCGUCGUAGAUACCAACGGUGAACCUCCGAUCAGCGCCAUGGUAGCCAGUAUAUCCAGGGACGUCGAGGGUAUUGUGACCUGCCUCGACGACAGCAGGCACGGCAUGGAGGAUGGAGAUUACGUCACCUUUUCCGAAAUCCAAGGCACCACGGAGCUCAACGGCUGUGAACCUAAGAAGAUCAAGGUGCUCGGCCCGUACACGUUCAGCAUCGGAGAUACCACAAAGUACUCGGAGUACAUUAGAGGCGGUAUUGUGACUCAGGUGAAAAUGCCAAAAACAUUGGAAUUCAAGCCACUCAAAGUGGCUCUGAAGGAGCCGGAAUUCCUCAUCACCGAUUUUGGCAAGUUUGACUAUCCGGAACAACUGCAUCUUGCCUUUACCACACUGCACAAAUACAUUGAGACUAAAGGACGCCUUCCUCGCCCUUGGAAUCAAGAAGAUGCCCAGGAAUUUGUAGCUGUUGCUAAAUCAGUGAAGGAAGAUGGUGGAAACGACAUUGAGAUUAACGUUGAGCUGCUAGAAACUUUUGCCAAAGUUUCCGCCGGAGAUUUGAAUCCCAUGAAUGCAACGAUCGGAGGUGUAGUUGCUCAAGAAGUCAUGAAAGCUUGCUCCGGAAAGUUUUCCCCAAUUUUCCAGUGGCUCUACUUCGACGCCAUCGAAUGCCUGCCCGCUGAUAAGUCGGAAUUAUCAGAGGAAGAUGCCUGUCCAACCGGGACUCGUUACGAUUCUCAAGUUGCCGUGUUUGGGAGAAAAUUCCAAUCGAAAAUUGGGGCACUCAAGUACUUUGUCGUUGGAGCUGGCGCAAUUGGCUGUGAAUUGCUAAAGAAUUUUGCCAUGAUGGGUGUUGGUGCGGAAAAUGGCUGCGUCACCGUGACUGAUAUGGACUUAAUUGAAAAAUCCAACUUGAAUAGACAAUUUUUGUUCAGACCUACGGACGUUCAAAGAUCCAAGGCUUCUACCGCUGCACGAGUAAUUAAAGGCAUGAAUCCUAACAUGAAGGUGAUUGCCCACGAGAAUAGAGUUGGACCAGAAACUGAGAAAACUUACAACGACGAGUUCUUUGAAGUACUCGAUGGAGUCGCCAAUGCCUUGGACAAUGUGGAUGCCAGAAUUUACAUGGACCGAAGAUGUGUGUACUACCGAAAACCACUGCUUGAAUCCGGAACCCUGGGAACCAAGGGAAACACUCAAGUUGUUGUGCCGUUCCUAACGGAGUCUUACAGUUCGUCUCAAGACCCUCCGGAGAAGAGCAUCCCAAUUUGUACUUUAAAGAAUUUUCCGAAUGCCAUUGAACACACUUUGCAGUGGGCCAGAGACACCUUCGAAGGACUAUUCAAACAGGCUGCGGAGAGCGCAGCUCAGCACAUCUCCGAUCCUCUAUUUAUUGAGAGGACUCUGAAGCUGCCUGGUGUUCAGCCCUUGGAAGUCCUGGAAGCUGUUAAAACAGCUUUAAUAGACGAGAGACCAAGAUCUUUUACGGACUGUGUAGCGUGGGCUCGCUGCCACUGGCAAGAACAGUACAGCAACCAAAUUAGACAGCUGUUGUUCAACUUCCCCCCUGACCAAGUGACCACCAGCGGUCAACCGUUUUGGUCAGGUCCCAAACGAUGCCCGGUACCACUGACAUUCGAUUUGAAUGAUCGCUUGCAUUUGGACUAUAUCAUUGCCACGGCAAAUUUGAAAGCAGCAGUUUAUGGGAUACCCCCGAUCCGCAACCGCAAUGACAUUGCAAGCAUUGUAUCGCAAAUCAAAGUACCAGACUUUGUACCCAAGUCAGGUGUGAAAAUCGCAGAGACUGAUUCUCAGGUUCAGGUUUCCAACGGAAGUGGAAAUGUGGAUCACGAUAGGCUGAACCAGCUGCAAGAAGAGCUGGCAAACGCCGAAGGACUCGACGGACUCGUCAUUCACCCACAAGAGUUUGAGAAGGACGAUGACACCAACUUCCAUAUCGACUUCAUUGUAGCAGCCUCAAAUCUUCGCGCAGCAAACUACAAAAUCCCACAGGCGGAUAGGCAUAAAAGCAAGUUGAUUGCUGGGAAAAUUAUACCUGCUAUUGCAACAACAACAUCCGUCGUUGCCGGCCUCGUAUGCCUCGAACUUAUCAAGCUAGCCCGAGGCGUUACAGACCUAUCGAUAUACAAGAACGGAUUCGUCAAUCUUGCUCUACCUUUCUUUGGAUUUUCCGAGCCGAUUGCUGCUCCAAAAUUGAAGUAUUACGAUACGGAAUGGACUUUGUGGGACCGCUUUGAAGUAAAGGGAGAAUUAACUCUGAAAGAAUUCUUGGAUUACUUCAAAGAAAAGCAUAAUCUUGAGGUCACAAUGUUAUCACAGGGAGUUUGUAUGCUCUAUUCAUUUUUCAUGGCAAAAGCAAAGUGCCAAGAGAGAAUGGGCUUGCCUAUGUCGGAGGUAGUCAAAAAGGUUUCUAAGAAGAAACUGGAGCCCCAUGUACGUGCUUUGGUUUUUGAACUCUGCUGCAACGAUAGUGAUGGCAACGACGUCGAGGUCCCCUACGUACGUUACACACUGCCCUGACUCAGCGACUAUACUUCAUAAUAUAGGAAAUAUCUACUUAACUGAUUAGUUGUAGUGAUUUCUACAAAUUUCUAUUUUAAAAUACGAUACAGGAAAAAUAUUAUUAACCGUUUGACCCCACACAUAUUUCUCCCACGGAUUGUAAUGCAAAUUUCAUUUUGUUUGGCCUCCGCUUUCUCGCGUAAUCCUUAUUAGCUAUUGCUAGUUGCAGGAAUUCUCUCAUGAUUUCUUACCAGUGUCAAACGAAAAGAAUUAGAGUAAAAGGAACGUAAAAUUUCGUAGUGCUUAACAAAUUACUGAAUCUGUGAAAUCAGAAAUUAACAACAAUAAAAACUUUCAGUUAACUUUUUUGCCAAAACAUGUGAUUUGUGGGUAAGAAAACUUGGAGGAUGUUUCACACACUGUAUUUGUCGAGUGCAAAUUGAUAAAUUAGGUUUAAAGAAAGAUGUUUGGUACAGAAAAAUGUUAGCGAAUUACACGAAAGAUACAUGUCGAAUUUAGUUGAAUAGCUGAAAUGCAAACUGUAUCUUGCCAUCAUCGUUUGUCACUGAUGGUUGUGGCCAAUAGUGUAAGAUGAUUGUAGUAGUUUUUAUAGAAUUCAAUUGAUUCUUUUGCUGUGAAAUCGCCGUCACCAUAUCUCUAUCUUAUUUUAAAAAGUUAUGAGCGAUAAAAUACUAACGAUUUAAUUUAUCCGCUUCAUAAAAUCUUUUUCAAAAACAAUGAAUAAUAAUUAAUAUUGGCUUCAAGACUGUUUGUUGUUACGAGAUAUACUGCAUUUAAAUUUGUAAAAUAUCUUUCUGAGAAGUUUCGAGAAUGGGAAAAGAGGAGAAAAAUAAUCAACUUCUUUUAGACCAUAUAAUAGUGGAAAAAUACAAAAAAAUAAAAUAUUGCGAAGUAAAAAUGAAAAAAAAUAAAUA